UUUAUCAUCAUAUUCCUCAAUACUUCCUCAAUUCUCCAGCCAUGGAAGAUCUGACAUUCAUGCAAGAAUCACCAACGUUUCUUCUGAAGGUGGUCAUGUUCUUGGCUGUUCAAGUUCUGGUCUACCUCAUCCUCUCCAAGUCCUCUUGCAUCUUCUCAACCAGUAAGAAAAGAAGUAGGAGCUUCAGUUUUCGCCCUGCUCGCUCCGCCAGCAUUCGGAGCAUGCUCGCCGUCAUUUCUGACCUUCCGGCUGCCGAAUUCGCCGCAGUCACUGCUGGUGAUUAUGAAGAUGAUAAACGUAAAGAUUAGAAGAAUUUUUAGAGAUUGGUGGCUUUAUAAUCCACUUUGUUCAUAUGGAAUUGUAAUAUAUAGUAUUUGUAAGAUGCAUG